GUCCAGGUCUAGGGGAUGUCUGAAGUUGGGUGUUUGUAAUAAAUUAGCUGGUAAGUACAGAGUUGAGAAUAUGUAGUGAAGAUAGAUAACAUUGUAAACCUGGUUUUGAUGUUUGAACUUUGCUUCAUUAAUUCUACUUCCUGUUCCUCUGUGCUGCUCUGUUGUGCUUAAGUUUCUGUUUCUCAGACUUUGGUCAGAUCUGUUUUCAGUCUCGUCCGGCGCCCACACACUCCCUCUCUCUGAGUAAACCAGUACGAGCUGAACUAUGGUGAGAAAGGAGACCCUCAACACCUUACCGGAUCUUGUGGACUCUGGGUUUGGGCGGCCGUCCCCCCGUCACGGACUCAACCUCCUGUACUGGUUUGUGACCCACUGUUUGCAUUUUAGCUUCAAUAACGAGAUAACCGUUCUCUGCAGCCCGUUUAGAGGAGAUUACGGCUUCAGACUUUUUCACAAUAAAGAAAAGAUUCUUCCUGUUACCAACAUGCGCUACUAUGAAGUUGGCAACCUGAACCAUUAUGAAGCCAAAGACCUGCCUGAUUACGUGAGGAGAGAAUACACCGGUAACCUGGACGACAGCAACACCGACCGUAUCAUCAUCUGCAUCACCCGCUUCAGUCUGGAGAGCCUCUACGUCACACGACACAAAGACCAGUGGACCUUCAACCCAAACCAAACCUUCUGCAUCAGCCCAGAACUACUGAAAACCAUCAGUGAUGUGGAGAAAGAAGAUUUCCUCAGACAAACAACCUCCCGUUACAUCACCAUUCCUGAGAGCACCCGACAUGCGUCCAUGCAGGACCACCAGCCAUCCCAAAACCCCUGUGUGAAAUGCUGUAGCCGCUGGCGUUACUGCAUCGCAGUGUUCAUUCCAAUAAUCGUGCUUUUUGUAAUCGUCUUCCUACUUAUAAAAUAUCUGAAAUAGAAACAGAACAAACUUCAAGCCUUAACUUAGUGCUGUUAUUGAUUAUCUGCCCGAGGUCUAAAGCCCGACAUCUGUAUCUGCUUGUUUUAAUCACCACAUUUAACAAUAAAAAUAACUUUAAAAUCA